AUGACAUAUACUUCAAAUACCAUGUCAAAAAAAAACAAAUCAUCUAAACAUAAAAUUUGCUGCUUCUGUAGAUCAUCACAAAAUAAUGAAUUGGAAUUUGGAAAAUUUUAUGAAGAUGGUAACAUUGUUACACAUUAUUAUUGUUUGCUUUUAUCAUCAAAUAUGCAACAGAGAGGAAAAGAUGAUCAAGGUAUUUUAGGUUUUUUGAAAACGGAUAUACAAAAAGAAAUUCGCAGAGGAAAAAGACUGGUAUGUUCAUAUUGUAAAAAAUCUGGUGCCACUCUGGGAUGUUGCAAUGUAAAAUGUAAAAAAAUAUUUCAUUAUCCUUGUGGGUUAAGGGCUGGUACCUUAAAUCAAUUUUUUGGUGAAUUUAGAUCAUAUUGUAUAAAUCAUAGACCAAAGCAAAAAAUAGAUACUCAAGUUAAAUAUGAAUUAAAAAAAAUGAAUGAAAUAGUAUGUUAUAUAUGUUACGAGGAAGUGGAUUCUUAUAAUAAAGUUGAUACAAUGUGGGCUCCAUGUUGUAAAAAAAAUGCAUGGUUUCAUAGAAAAUGUGUACAGCAACUUGCUAUGAGUGCUGGAUAUUUUUUUAAAUGCCCUUUAUGUAAUGAUAAAAAAUUAUUUCAAAAAGCAAUGUUAGAAUUUGGUAUUUUUAUCCCAAGUCAAGAUGCUUCAUGGGAACUUGUACCCAAUGCAUUUGAAGAACUUUUAUAUAGACAUGAUCAAUGUGAUGCUUCUGUAUGUCUUUGUCCUAAAGGAAGGAAAUAUACAAGUUUUAAUGCAAAAUGGAAAUUAACACUUUGUCGCACUUGUGGUUCACAAGGAAUUCAUAUGGCUUGUGGACAGCUUAAAUGGACUAAUCCUGUUUGGGAAUGUACAGAGUGUAUUUCUAUUCUAGGUAAAUCUAAAGAAAUUGCUAGUUCAAGUUCAAUAAGAGAUACAUUAGAGAAUAUUUCUGAUACAGAUGAUUCAAACAGUGAUAUUUCUGUUGGUAAAGAUUCACCUGUACCAUUUAUAUCAAGUUCACCACUUAUAAGCUCCACAUUACAAAUGUCAACUAUUAAAUUACGUCCUGGUCCUCGAAUUUAUAAAUUAAAACAACUUGAAGCAAAUAAAGAAAUGCAAAACAUUAAUAAACAACAAACCAGCAAAAACAUAAAUAUAUUGAAUUUAACAAAUAUGGAACAAUAUAGUGUACAAUCUACAAGCAGUAACGAAAUUUUUACGAAUGUGUCAAGUUCGAUAAAUGAAGACAAUAUCAAUUUUUCAAUUCGACAUUCCAAAUCACAGUUGGAUGAACAAGCUAAUAAUAUUUUUACACUUGAUAAUGUUAAUGGCAUUAUAGAGGCCAAUAAAUGUACUACAUUAAAUGAUAAAUUUGUUAUUGAGGAUAAUGAAAACGAAAAAAAAUAUGUAUCUGAAUUUAAAGACGUUAAAAUUGAAUUUAAUAAAAAUAAUAUUCUAUAUGAUUCUAUUCCAUCAAAAAUAGAAAAAUUACAAAAUAAUUUAAAUCAAAAUAAUAAUAAGAAUUUUCAAAUGAAUAAUUUAAAUUUAAUUGAGUCAGAUAAUUUAAGGAAAUUCAAUUUACAAAAUAAGACAAAAUCUAAUAUUUUAGAUGAUAAAAUAAAAUUAAAUCAUGAAAAUGAAUAUAUUUAUAGUGAUUUUGUUUCAAAUAUUAAAAUUACAAAUGUAGUUUCAUUGGCACCUGAAGAAUUUGAAAAUGUAAUGUCUGAUGAACAAAAAAAAAUCAAAAAUCGAACAUCACAAAAUAGAAAUUCAAUAUUACAUGAAAAUGAUAUUUUGGAAUCAAAUUUGAAAAGGAAAUGUGACAAAAUUACAAUGAAUCCAAUAAUGUCAUAUAUAAAUGAAUCUAAAAGAUUGAAAAAAAGUAACAGUGUAAUAGGAGAAACAUCAAAAUCAUCAUGCAUUUCUACAAAUGCUUUAAUAAAUGUUUCAUCUAAUAAAAAUAAUUUGCAAAUUAUUCAGUAUAAUGAAAAUAAUACUUCUAUAAAUGAUUGUAACAUACAGAAUAAAAAAUCACAUAUUCAGAUUAAAGAAAAUUGUAAUUUCGAAGAUAUACUAUGUACAUCUAAUACAAAAUGUUUAUCAAAAAUUGAUACAUCAAAUAAUUUAUUAUAUAAUAAAACUGAUUUAACAAAUGAAGAAAAUACUUAUACAUAUAUAGGUAUUACAAAUGAUGCGAAUAAAGAAUUUGAAAAUAUUAAAAUUGAUAAUAACAUAAAAAAUUGUGAUGAAGAUGUAAGUAUUAAUUCUACUAGAGAAUCGAGAGAUAAAAUUUUUACAAAUGAUAUAAGGAUCAAAAACAUUGAUAAAUCUGUAAAUUUAGACGAUUUGAAAUCUAAAAAAUCACAAAAAUUAGAACAAUGGAAAUCUCAGAAUAAUGUUGAAAUGAUUAAUGCAAAUUAUAGAAUAUCAAACAAUAAAUUUCAUGAUAUAUGUUGGCAAGAAAAAAAUAAAACUAUAGAUUAUAAUUAUUCUCAAUUAAUACCAGAAUAUGUAUGUUUACGAGAUCUUAAAUUUCGUGUACAUAAUAUAAAUAAUCUGCAGAUGAUCUUGUACAAUAAAUUUUCUGUAAAUAUUAAUAUGGAAUGUAAUAUUUCAUCUGCUUAUACUGAAGACAAAAACACAUAUAUAUUUAAUGAACAUUCUAAAAAUUAUCAAGAUGAAACAAAAGAAAAUUUAAAUCCAGAGACAAUUUCUUGCAAAAAUAUAACAGAUGAUUUAUUAAUGAACACAGAAUUAAAGUAA